AUUGUUCAAACAGUUCUUCCUUCUCGUACUAGUACACCAGAUGGCAUCGAGAUUGUACAGAUUCAUUAGAGAUGGGAGUCGCUAGCCUACAAUUUGGAACAUUUGCACAGGAAAUAAAAUACCAAGGUUCCACUGAAGAUAGAUUGGUACUUCUAAAGGGUGUGAGUGGAGAUUUUCGGCCAGUUGUUCUCAUAGCUUUGAUGGGUGUUAGUGGUGCUGGUAAAACAACAUUGAUGGAUGUCUUGGAUGGAAGGAAAACAAGAGGAUAUGUUAAUGGUGAUAUCAAUAUUUUUGGAUACACUAAGAAGUAGAGAAAAUGAAGAAGCGAAUGAGGAGAUUCAAUAAAAUGAAGAAGCGAAUGAGGAGAACAUUGAAGAACGUCAAGAUUUUAGAUUGUUUUUGUAACUUGUUCUAGGACAUUUUUGAAAUCGACAAGACAAUGAAAUUUAUGUCGUAAUUUACUAUUUUCUAGUUGUUAUAUGGAUAUUAAUUACUAUGGCUAGCUUAUAUUUUAGAUAUACAAUUUUAAUGAUGAACAUUGAUAACUAUUUUGUAAUUCUUAAUAUAAGCUUUUAUCUUGUUUUUGAGUU